GGGUACAAGUCAUUUAUUUUUUUCUAUUUUAUAAACAACACGUUAAUUAUUCUUACGGACUGGCCUAAAAUUUAACAUUAAGUAGUGUGUAGUCUGCUGUGGUUCGAGUUGAGAGUCGGUCACUAGCUCUCACUCUUUCUCUCUCUCCAUCUCUUUCUCUGUUCCACUCCUACUUUCUACCGCAAAUCUCUGAUUCUGUUCAGCAAUGGAAGCAAUGCACCUCCGUAGCAUCUCCAUCUUCCUCCUCCUUUCUCUCGUCCUCUUCCAUGGCGUCUCCGCCACCACCAUUAUGAUGAUAAACAAGUGCCCCCACCCAGUUUGGCCCGGAAUCCAACCUGGUGCCGGACAACCAGUCCUCGCGCGCGGCGGUUUCAAACUCCCCCCUAAAAGAUCCUACACUCUCUUCCUCCCACCCGCCUGGUCCGGUCGUCUUUGGGGCCGUGAAGGCUGCGCCUUCGACGCUUCCGGCCGAGGAAAAUGCUCUACAGGAGACUGCGGUGGGUCACUCAACUGCAACGGCAUGGGCGGUACCCCACCGGCGACUUUAGCCGAAAUCACCCUCACCGCCGAACAGGACUUCUACGACGUCAGUCUCGUCGACGGGUACAACCUUCCGAUAUCUAUAACACCAUUUAAGGGUACCGGGAAAUGCACUUACGCUGGGUGCGUUAGCGAUCUAAAUGUGAUGUGUCCGGUGGGAUUACAGGUCAGGUCGCAUGACAAGCGGCGCGUGGUUGCCUGUAAGAGCGCGUGCUCGGCGUUUAACUCGCCGAGAUUCUGUUGUACGGGGAGCUACGGUAACCCGCAGACAUGUAAACCGACGGCGUAUUCGAGGAUCUUCAAGGUGGCAUGCCCGAGGGCUUAUUCAUAUGCAUACGAUGAUCCGACAAGUAUUGCUACUUGCACCGGAGCUAGUUACUUUCUCACUUUCUGUCCACACCAUUAGCAAUAUUUUUAAUAUAAUUAUGUAUUUCGAUAACAUAGAUUUUUAGUUGAAGUUGGAUCUUUUGUGUUUUUUGAAUUAUGUUUUUGGCUAGAAUCGAUUAUCUUAGAUUCGGUAUGUUUUGUCUCUUUGGCUUUUUGUUUCUGAAAAAGCAAAAGUUUAUAAUAUAAUUUGAUUUCUGAA